CUUAAUUCGGUGGUUCAGAGCUCAAAAUGACAAAAGAGAUCUUUUCGCAAUGGCACAGACUCCCUGUGAGUCUUAGCGAACUAUGUAUCAAUACGACUCUGCGUUGUGGGCAGUCAUUCCGAUGGUACAAUGUACCUGACAGCGAUGAAUGGAGAUGCGUCCUCCAUGGUCGCUUACUCUCUUUAAGACAAGAUCCCGAAUAUCUAUACUACAGACUCCACCAUGCAUCCAAACCGUCCGCCAUCGACGACACCCUCCUCAACCUGAUAAAACACUACUUCAACCUCUCUUCGAACCUAACCGAUCUCUACUCGCAAUGGUCCGCCAACGACCCCAAUUUCAAAAAGAAAGCCUCCCAGUUCACGGGGAUUCGUAUCCUCCGCCAGGACCCAUGGGAAGCGCUCGUCUCCUUCAUCUGCAGCAGUAACAAUAACAUUGCGCGCAUCUCGCAAAUGGUCGAGAAGCUAUGCGUCAACUACGGACAGCACAUCGCGACAUUCGACGAACGUCCCUACCACGAUUUCCCGCCCCCAGAGGCAUUGACCGGUGGCGAUGUCGAGUCUCGUCUUCGGAGUUUAGGGUUUGGCUACCGCGCCAAAUAUAUCUACCAGACGGCUGUAAUGGUAGCCAAGGAACGAGAGGGAGGCUGGCUAAAUGGGCUGUGUAACCCCGAGUCACCGGUUUUCGGGGUAGAAGCUGCGCCAGGUGGUGAAAUGAAGCCCGAGGGUAGAGAAGGGUACCGGGAGGCUCAUGAGAAGCUACUCGAGUUGCAAGGAGUUGGGCCCAAGGUAGCCGAUUGCGUAUCCUUAAUGGGGCUUGGAUGGGGAGAAUCCGUCCCAGUAGACACGCACGUCUGGCAAAUCGCACAAAGAGACUAUAGAUUCGGCAAAGGCUCAGGCAAAACCCUCAACAAGGUGACAUACGACGCUGUGGGUAAUCACUUCCGUAAACUCUGGGGCAAGGAAGCUGGCUGGGCCCAUAGUGUGCUGUUUACGGCCGACUUGAGGACCUUCUCGGAUAGGUUAGCUGCGUCUAAGAAGGUGGAUGUUAAGGUCAAGGAGGAGAAAGACGUGAAGGUUAAAGAGGAGAAUGAUGAGGAUGUGAAGGUUGAGACUAAAGUCACUACUGCAGUAGCUGUGAAAAGAUCUGCGAGCGAAGGGGACACGAAAGAUGACGUUAAGGAUAAGAAAAAGGCAAAGACAAAGGCUGUUAUUGAGGCAUCGCAGACGACGACAACGAGGAGGAUAUCAAAGCGACUUCAGAGUCGUUAAUCAGAUUUGUGCAAUAUCGCUUCUGUAUGACUGUAAAUACCCGAAUAGAUUAAACUUGAACUGUAAAUAAUAUUCAACCUGGACUUCUCACUGCAUAAGACCUACAACUCCCAACGAGACAGAAGACUCGCAAACCCAUCCAUAAACUCCUUCUGAGCUCGAAACCCAACAUCACAAAGUCCAGAAAGAUAAGAGCGAACAUCUCUACUAUCCUGUGGACCUAAAACCAUCAAUCCAACUACAGCAGCAACAGAAGAAACAGCAACAACACCACCAAUCUUCGCUAGUUCAUUCUUCCUACCCUCCAACGCGCGACUCUCUGCCUUCAAUGGCAAACGAACAGAGCUAGACCGAAAGACAAAGUCCCUCGAAAGCGGGAAGAAGAUACUCCGCAGCCAGAACUUGAAUU